GCGGAGAACAAAAACAGCAACCUGUUAGUGAAGUUGUUGCUGAACAGGAGGCGGCAGGAUGUUUUCCAGCUUGAAGGAGAAGGUCGGUGAGGUCCUGCUGCCGGGGGAUGAGUUCUGCUUCGAGGCCGAAGAGAACAUCUCUCUGACGGCGCCCGUGAAGUCGGAGAAGGUGGUGUGCGGCCCGGGCCUUCGGCGCUGCGGGGACCGGCUGGUGGUGUGUAAGAGCGGCGUGCUGCGACACAAGGAGCCCAACGUGUUCUGGAUCGACUCCCAGCAGAGAAGGUAUGUCCCAGCUAAAGGAGAGAGCAUCAUCGGGAUCGUCACAGCCAAAUCCGGAGACAUCUUCAAGGUGGACUUUGGAGGGAGCGAGCAGGCGUCUCUGUCCUACCUGGCGUUCGAAGGGGCGACCAAAAGAAACAGACCCAAUGUACAGGUAGGUGACCUCGUGUUUGCGCAGUUCCUCAUAGCCAAUAAGGACAUGGAACCGGAGCUGGUGUGUAUCGACGGCUCAGGACGAGCCAAUGGGAUGGGAGUGUUUGGAGCAGGAGGUCUGCUUUUCAGAGUGUCUCUGGGACUCGUCAGAAGGCUGCUGGCCCCCCACAGCGACAUCCGCUCAGACCUCGAGCAGCUCUUCCCGUGUGAGCUCGUGGUUGGGAUGAACGGACGCGCUUGGGUCAAAUCGUCCAGCGUGCAGCAGACGCUGAUCAUCGCAAACCUGCUGCAAAGCGCCGAAACCAUGACAGCCCAGCAGAGGCAGCAGAUGUUCAGGAAGAUCCAGCAGGGGGCGUUCUAGACCGCUUCAGACCACCAGGACCAUCUCUGAACCAGCAGAGGUGGUGCGCAGGUUGCUUCUGACCGGGAUCCAGGUGUAAUGCUGCAGUGAUGUCACUCCUCGGCUCUGUGACAUCACACGGAGCUCCGUGGCUUUACGAUGAGACACAAUCUGAAUGUUCUGGUGGCACAGCGGUCAAAGAAUCUGCCAAUCAGACAGCCACAAACACGGCAGACUGUCAGGGUAAAUAAACUGGAGCUGGGAGGGGGCGUAGGGGAAAUCAUCUGAAAAACGUAUUAAAACUUAAAUUCUUAAUGUUCAGUAAAGUGAAGGAUUGACUAAAGACCAGCUUCUUCCAAUGAUCCAGGAGUCAGUGCAUUUUCCAGCAUGAUGGAGCGCCACGCCACAGGGCAAAAGGGAUAAAAGCUUAGAUCGAUGAGCAGAAACUCGCCCGAUGUUAAUGAGUUUGAGGAUCUGUGGUCGGUCACUUGGAGGGCUGAUAAGGCAGGAAUGGAUCUGCAGCACACAGAGAACCUCAGCUGUGAAGAUCAAGUCUGUAAAUACUGACUCUGUGCAUACAUUUGAUUUAAUUUCCAAUAAAAGU